CCAAAAAAUUGUUUCUUAUCUUUCAUAAUUGUAUCGAGUAAUACUCUGAGAUUUCCAUGAUAGAAGCUCUCGUGCAUCGUAACAGGGCCCGCCUCUUGUAGCGUUUAUUUCUUUUCCUGGAGAGGGCCAUUGAACUUCUUUGGGUGGGUUUAGCUGGGCUCUGCUAAUCGCUUCCCCAGAGCUCAGAGCCAACACGGUCAACACCGCGAGCGGCGUAUAGGCGUAAUAGCUGUGCCGAGGCUGGGAUCGGCUGGAGGCGUCUGGGGUCUGGGGGCACGGCACUUCGAGGCACAAGCCGGUAGCCGGGCCGGGCUGCCGUAGGCUGCCGGGCACCCCGCCUGCCCACCCCUCUGCUCCCGCUCCGCCCUCCGCUUUCUCCAAGGUCGCUGAGUCUGGAAAGUUUGGUGGUAGGGUUGGAAUGAAGCAAUGGGCUGUAAACACCCAACCGACGUAUAAAACGCUGACGGGAGGCGAGGACUGAUGCAGUUCCGGAGGGUGCGCCGCUCUGUGACGAGUCUAGUAACGAUGCUGCGGGCCGUGUUAUCCCUUGCCGUCGUGGCCUGCGUGGCCACACUGGCAGCUGGCCAGUUCCAGCCCCAGCCCGCAGGCCGCAUUCUGGAGCCCCCAGUGCCCUCCCUGUGUGCCCAGAGAAAGAUUCACGAGAAGUUCAACGGCAAGGGUUACUACUUCUCCUGGAAGGAUGCCUCCACCGCCAACACUGAAAUGGACUGGUUGGGCAUCCGCAACUGGUGCCGUCAGCGCUGCAUGGACUCUGUCUCUACUGAAAGUGCUGUUGAGAACGAGUACAUCAAGAAGAAGCUUGUUGAUGACAAGGUGAGGUACAUCUGGACCAGUGGCCGUCUGUGCGACUUCAAGGGAUGUGAUGAGCGCCCCGACCUGAAGCCCCUCAACAUUAACGGUUGGUUCUGGACUGCUGAACUCAAGAAACUCGCCCCUACCACAGACCGCACCCAGAACGAUUGGGGAUACUCCGGCGGAAUCAACAAGCCUCAGCCUGACAACCGUGAACUCAUCCAGGGUGGUGCCCCUGAGAACUGCUUGGCCAUCCUGAACAACUUCUACAAGGAUGGAGUCCACUGGCAUGACGUUGCUUGCCACCACAAGAAGCCUUGGGUAUGCGAAGAGAGCGAGUCUCUGAUCAACUAUGUGCGCUUCACAAAUCCCAACAUUGGUGUUUGAUUGUUUGGUCAAAUGGUCAAUUACACUGUCAGUCAUGAAUUUGCUUAAGCAGUGAUAUUUAAUUAAGGAUAAGCUAUUUUCAUAUGUAAAAAUGUUAAUAAAUAAAAUUAAUUUA